AUGGCGACCACAACCACCACCGUCACCGAGAGGAAGGCUCCGGUCAUGAUGGCCACAAAGGGCGCCACUACCCCCGUCCCUGACGUGAAGACGCUGCGAGACGCCAUCCCCGCUCAUUGCUUCGAGCGCUCCCUGGUUCGCUCCAUGGGAUACGUUGUCCGCGACCUCGUAGCUGUCAGCACUCUUUUCUACUCUGCCACCCUUUUGGCCAGAGCCGAUUUGCCAUUGUACCUCAGCGCUCCGCUAUGGACGCUCUACAGCUUUGUCACCGGCUGCUUCUUCACCGGCCUCUGGAUUCUGGCUCACGAGUGCGGCCACGACUCAUUUUCUCCCUAUCUUAACGUCAACGCCACAAUGGGAUGGAUCCUCCACAGCAUGCUCCUUGUGCCAUUCUUCAGCUGGAAGUUCAGCCACGCAAGGCACCACCGUUACCACAACCACAUGGAGAAGGACACGGUUUUCGUGCCAAACCGCAAGCCUGCGGAGAAAGCCGCUAACCCUGCGGCACCCACUCUUGUUGAGAAGAUCAUGGACCACACCGCAGCCGACGCGCCCAUCUUCAGCAUUGCCUCUCUGGCCGUCCACCAGCUUUUCGGCUGGCCCGCUUACAUUCUGAUCAACGCUGGCGCUGGUGUCAACAGCAUGGUCCGCUCAAACCGCAAGGAAACCCCCAAGUACAAGCAAAGCCAUCUGGACCCUACAUCCGACGUUUUCACCGCCGGCGAGCAGCCCUUCGUAGCCCUCUCCAAUGUCGGCAUCCUCAUCACUUUCACCGUCCUGUACCAGGUCUCCAAAUCUCUUGGCGGCUUGAACACAUUCCUGCUCUAUGGCCUCCCGUACCUGUGGAUGAACCACUGGAUCGUCGCGAUUACGUACCUGCACCACACCCACGAGGAUGCUGCGCAUUACGAGGCCGACGAGUGGACUUUCGUCAAGGGCGCGCUUUCCACCAUUGACCGUGAAUUCGGCUUCAUUGGCCGCCACAUCUUCCACGGAAUCAUCGAGUACCACGUCGUGCACCACAUGUUUCCCCGCAUCCCCUUCUACCACUGCGAGGAGGCUACUUGGGCUGUUGCACCCCUGCUCGGCGAGAGGUACAUUGAGCAGCGCACAAACUUCUUCGCCGACCUUUGGGAGGCGUUCACUACGUGCAAGUAUGUUGUUCCUGGAACUGGUGCCAAGGCUGGUGCGCUUGUAUCUCUUGGUUCAUGGGGGAUGAAGAUGAGGAUGCGAUCACUCGCAGCAAAAGUAAUCGAUGUCUUCAUUCAAUUUGCUUCGAUGUGGCUUCGGGCUGCAGUGCUUUUGGUCGUGAAGCGUAAUGGUCCGCACACCAAGCUCAAGCCUCCCAAGCAGCCGCCCAACCCAAACGAUGCGCUCUGCAACAUGGCUGAUGGGAAUGUUGAGAAGCAGCCCCAUGACGCGACAGACGAUGCGGCUCCGUCAGACGUUGAGAAGACUUCGCCCAGUUUGACAAAGGAAGCAGAGGCAGAAGAAGAAAAGCUCGAGAAGUUACGCCUCGAAUAUGGUGUAUGUAGCAUCCUCUCCGCGUUCAUGACUUCACUUCCUAACACAGUCCAGAGCACAUGGCCAUCCCCAACCUCGCCCUCAAAUCCCUACAACUGGCCCUCCCACAGAAAAAUCCUCAUCGGAACCAUCUUCUCGUUCGGUCAACUCAUCCCCAUCAUGUCUGCCAGCAUGAUUGCGCCAUCUCUUGGUGACAUCGCCAGGGACCUACGCAUCAGCGCAUCGACGGCGCAAAUCACACUGUCGAGCUACUUUCUGGGCAUGGCUUUUGCGCCGCUAGUAAUUGCGGCGCUGAGCGAGAUGUAUGGUCGUAAGAGAGUUUGGGUGGCGUGCAACGCCUGGUAUGUGGUUUGGAAUGCGUUAUGUCCUGUGGGCAGGAGUGCGGGUUUGAUGAUUGUUGGAAGGGUCAUGACGGGGGCGGGGGCGUGUGUUGGGGUUACGCUCAAUGGGCCUGUGAUGGCGGACAUGUAUGGCAAAAGAGAUCGCGGAAAGUCUCUCGCCAUCGUUACACUGCUUCCGUAUCUAGGACCUGCUCUUGGACCUCUGAUUGGAGGUCUCGUAACUCAGUAUAUCCACUGGUCGUGGGUGUUCUGGAUCAUGAGUAUCAUCGAUGCAGCCGUGUUACUCCUCGGCCUCGUCAUCAUACGCGAAACGUACACGCCAGUGCUUCUACGACGCAAAGCUGCGCACGAAGGUACUCCAGUACCUCCCAAGAAAUCGCACAUCAGGACGAGUCUGCUACGACCGCUGCACAUACUUGUGAACCGACCUGUGAUCUGGCCGAUCUCGUUAGUCAGCACGUUGGCUUUCGGUGUAUACUGCUUGAUGCUGUCUUCAUACGCAACACUCUGGAUCGACAAGUACCAUCAAACCGAGCUCAUCAGCAGUCUGCACUACAUCUCAGUCGCUCUCGGCACAACCAUCGCCGGUCAAAUCGGUGCCAGAGUAAUGGAUCGUGUAUAUCACAAACUCAGCAGCCGAAAUGGCAGCAAAGGCAUCCCAGAGUAUCGCAUACCUUACCUCGCUCCAGGCAUUUUGCUCAUACCAAUUGGACUAGUCUGGUACGGGUGGUCCGCUGAACGCAAACUCGCAUGGAUCAUGGUCGACAUCGGAACGGUCAUCUUCACCCUCGCCAGCUUCAUCGCCUCACAAGGCAUUUUGGCGUAUCAGCUGGAUGAGUUUGCGCAAUUCAGCGCAUCGGCGAAUGCGGCAAGUCGUGUUGUGUCGUACGUUCUUGCGUUCGCUUUUCCUAUCUUCGCGCCGGCGAUGUAUGGCAAGCUGGGCUACGGGUGGGGGAAUAGCGUGUUGGCUCUCGUGGUUAUCGCGCUUGGACUCCCCGUAUGUUGGGUUCUGUGGUAUUGGGGUGCAACGUUGAGGUCCCUCGGGCGGGCUUCUGGUGCGGAAGUCUCGAGCUGA